AUGGUUUUGCUUAGUUGGGAGCAAUAUCAUAAAUGUAGAUUACCAUUGCAUUUGUGGAUAGUGGUUGAUUAUGCCGUUGUGUUCGUUUUUCGACUCUUGAUGCUUGUGGACAAUGCUAUUGCUGCUUCAGUUGGAUUGGAUGAUGGUCGGCAGCUAAGAGGUUCUCGUUAUUAUGGGAGAUUAUUGGUUUUGUGUAUUCUUUAUGCAGUACUCUAUCCGUUUCUUUGGAUAUGGAGUGUUGUUGGGGGUGUUUGGUUUGCUGGCGCUAUGAAAUGUUUGCCUGAACGACACCAGAAAUGGGGUUAUACCGUAUGGUUACUUUUUAGCUUUUGUGGACUCAUCUGCCUAGCUGGUAUUUUUUGGAAACGGUGGUUAAUAAGAAGGAAGGCGCAUUUAAGACUUGUUCGACAAGGGACUCGAGUUUCAGGAUACAGGGUGUUGAUUAACAUGAUUCGUCAACCAGAUUGGGUAUACGAAACCCCUGUUCAUGAUAUGAGUGUUUCGGACCAAGACACCAACCCGCAUAAUUCACGAAUGGAUACGUGUGAAUCCAUGAGGGCAGAAGCCGAGACUAUGAUUCAAGGACUUCCAAUUUAUGUAUUAAGAGCUGUCCCUGCUGAAUGCAGUGACUGUCCAAUUUGUUUAGAAGAGUUCUGUGUUGGGCAAGCGGUUCGUGGCCUUCCUUGUGCUCAUAACUUUCAUGUGGCAUGCAUCGAUAAAUGGCUUAGACUAAAUAUGAAAUGCCCUCGGUGCCGUUGUAUGGUCUUUCCCAUUUGCAACCAAAAUGAAACUCAAGUGGAUCCUGACCGUGCAGCCAUCUCAACAACUCACGACUUGAUAACGCAACCUUCUAGCUCAAGUUACCUUGUGAGAAUGCAAAGUUUUCUCAUACCAGCUAAUGGAGAAAGUACAGUGCCGUUCAACUUCAGCCUGAGUCCGAGCCUGAACCCCACCUCCAUGUCCACUGAUGGAAUUUUGCCGCCAGUUGACUAUAGCUCUAGUCCGAGCCCCACAGCUACCUCUAACUUGAGCAACAAAAAUGCACCGGUAUUAGAAUCCUGCCCAAGCCCGAGUUACAUCCCCACCUCUGCCUUCACCACAAGCAACAAAAAUGCUCGGCUAUCUGAAUCCUGCCCAAUCCCGAGCCCCAUCCCUACCUCUACCUGCAAGACAAGUACACCACUAUAUGAACCCUGCCCAAGUCUGUGCCCCACCCCCACCUCUACCUCCACUCCUAGCAAAAAAUAAUUCAGCCGCAUUUGUCCCCAGCCCCCGGCCCAAACCCAAGCCCAAGCCCAACCCCCACCCCCACCUCCACCUCUAGCAACAGUCCUGUUACUGCUUUAAAAUAUGUUGAAAAUGGAGGUCAACCAUGUACAGUGGCUAUAUCUGGCAACGAACUGUAAUACAUACUUUUUAGUGCAGUUGUACAGUUCAUAUGAGAUUUAGGAUUCAGAAAGUUUACUUUUUCAUCUUGAUUGCUUGGGUACCUUAAUGUAAUGGUUCCGAAAAAAUGUUCAUGCUUACAUUAGUGAUGCACUGAUGCCAUAUGACUAUUGUGAUGCAGUUUUGUAGAUUUCUGUGUAAAGAUGGUUAUU